AUGGUUCGAAUCACCGAACAACUGCUUCGAAAACGAUCCGAACACAACGAGCUCAUUAUCGGUACACUGGAAGAACUUUCGCUGCACCAAGAGGACAUCGAACGUAUCGAACACAUUGGAAACUGGUGCCGGGAGUUGAAGAUACUCUUGCUGCAAUCGAAUCUAAUCCCCCGUCUGGAGAACCUCCACCGACUGAAGAAGCUCGAGUACCUCAAUGUGGCUCUCAACAACAUCGAGCGGAUCGAAAACCUGGAACCGCUCGAGUCCCUCCGGAAACUCGACCUAACGCUCAACUUCAUCGGCGAGCUAACGGGUGUGGAAAGUUUGCGUGGGAACUACAACCUACGGGAGUUAUUCCUCACUGGGAACCCUUGCACGGACUAUCCUGGCUACCGGGAAUACGUCAUAACGGUUCUUCCGCAGCUGGAACACCUCGAUGGGAAGGAAGUAACGCGUAGCGAGCGACUACGGGCGGCCAAAGACUUCCGGUUGCUGCGGGAAAGAAUCGUUCAGCACGAGGCACAACAGAAGAUCGAUCGGGAUGAGCAAAAGGUUCGUGUGCGCCAGUGCUUGGAGGAGCAGGAGCAACAAAGGGACGCGUACGCCGACGAUGAGAAGCGGACGAGCGAAUUUUGGCAGCAAAAAAGUGACCACUGUCCGGAGACGCGCAUACAGAUGGCAAAGUUUUCUCGACGCGCCGGAAAAGAUCGACCCGGGGGAGGGUCGUGCAUGGAGAAGCCGGUUGAGAGGAAGCCUCGAAGAUUAUUUGCCGACUGUGGAAGACCCUAUAAUUUGAACGAGCCCCGGUUGGGCUUCGAGUUCCGGGAUGAACCGGAUCGGUACGAGUUGGACCUGCAUCUGUACCGGUUUCUCGAUACGUCCCUCGUCGAGGUCGAUGCACAACCGAACUAUGUUCGAGUAACGAUCAAGGGGAAAGUGUUCCAGCUCGCUCUCAGGCAGGAUAUUCAAACGGACAGUUCCAGUUGUCAGCGAUCGAUGACCACCGGGCACAUGCUGGUGGUGAUGCCGAAGCUCAAUCCGGAACGGAUCAUCGUUCCACUGGCGACGAACAGCAAAGCUACCGGAAAACAACCUCCAUCGGAAGGAUUGCGUGGAACCGUAAACAUCCGUGGCAUUUGUAGCGUUGAUGCGACGAAAGCUACGGAUCUUGAUGAAAUUCCAGACUUGAUUUGA